UCCCUGUGUUGUACAAUACACCCUUGAGCCUAUCUUACACCCAAUAAUUUGUGCCUCGCACUCCCCCACCCCUAUAUUGUCCCUCUCCUUCCUCCCCACUGGCAACCACUAGUUUGUUUUCUAUUCAGGAUACAUUUUUAAAGAUAGGACCAAUAGGAUUUAUUAAUGGAUUGUAUGUAGGCUAUAAGAGAAGGUCAACAGUGAUCUCUUUUGGUCUAAACAGUUGAAGAAUGGAGUUGACAUUUAAUGAGAUGAAGAGAGAGAUGGGAGAAGGAGGUUUCUGGGUGGGAUGGGGAACAGUCAGGAAUUAUAUUUUGAGAAUGUUAAGUUUGAGAUGCCUGUUAAACAUCAAAAUGGAGAUAUUUGAAAUGACAGUUGGAUACAUGAAUCUGAAGUUUGGGCGAGAGGUUUAAUCUGGAGAAAUAUACAUGGGAGCUGUCAGACCACCUAGUGAGGAAGAGUUGACAGAGAAUAGUCGGAGGACCGAUGUAAGGGGCUCCCGAAUGGUUUUAGAGAGGAGGAUCCAGCCACCAAGACUGAGAAGGAGAAACCAGUGGGUUUGGAGGAGAACCAAGAGAGAACGGAGGUUUGGAUGCCAAGUGGAGAGUGUUUGAAAAGAAGGUGUGUUUUUGUUUAUUUUUUUGUUUGUUUUUUUUUUUGCGGUACGCGGGCCUCUCACCGCUGUGGCCUCUCCUGCUGCGGAGCACAGGCUCCGGACACGCAGGCUCAGCGGCCAUGGCUCACGGGCCCAGCCGCUCCGCGGCACAUGGGAUCCUCCUGGACCAGGGCACGAACCCGCGUCCCUCGCAUCGGCAGGCGGACUCUCAACGACUGCGCCACCAGAAAAACCCAGAAGGUAACGUUUCAUUUGUUGCAUUUCCAGUUUCCAGCACCAACUCACCAACAAAGAUUUUACCAAAAACCUUAGGACCAAUAAAUGUGAAUGUUGGACCCCAAAUGAUUAUAAGUACACCACAGAGACUAACCAGUUCAGGAAGUGUUCUGAUUGGGAGUCCAUAUACCCCUGCACCAGCAAUGGUUACUCAGACACACAUAGCAGAAGCUACUGGCUGGGUCCCUGGUGAUAGAAAACGGGCUAGAGAAUUUAUAGACUCUGAUUUUUCAGAAAGCAAACGAAGCAAAAAAGGAGAUAAAAAUGGAAAAGGCUUGAGACAUUUUUCAAUGAAAGUGUGUGAGAAAGUUCAGCGGAAAGGUACAACAUCGUAUAAUGAAGUAGCUGAUGAGCUGGUGUCCGAGUUCACCAAUUCCAAUAACCAUUUGGCAGCCGAUUCGCAGGCUUAUGACCAGAAGAACAUUAGGCGAAGAGUUUAUGAUGCUUUAAAUGUGCUAAUGGCAAUGAACAUAAUUUCAAAGGAGAAAAAAGAAAUCAAGUGGAUCGGCUUGCCUACCAAUUCUGCUCAGGAAUGUCAGAACCUGGAGAUCGAGAAGCAGAGGCGGAUAGAACGGAUAAAGCAGAAGCGGGCCCAGCUUCAGGAACUUCUCCUGCAGCAAAUCGCUUUCAAAAACCUGGUACAGAGAAAUCGGCAAAACGAACAGCAGAACCAGGGCCCUCCAGCUCUGAACUCCACCAUUCAGCUGCCAUUUAUAAUCAUCAAUACAAGCAGAAAAACAGUCAUAGACUGCAGCAUCUCAAGUGACAAGUUUGAAUAUCUUUUUAAUUUUGACAAUACCUUUGAGAUUCAUGAUGACAUAGAAGUGCUGAAGCGGAUGGGAAUGUCCUUUGGCCUGGAGUCAGGCAAGUGCUCCUUGGAGGAUCUGAAACUUGCUAAAUCACUGGUGCCAAAGGCUUUAGAAGGUUAUAUCACAGAUAUCUCCACAGGACCGUCGUGGUUAAAUCAGGGACUGCUUUUGAACUCUACCCAGUCAGUUUCAAACUUAGACCUGACCGCUGGUGCCACCUUGUCCCAAUCAAGGUAAUGGACAAGUGCUAAUCUGUGUUCCUGUAAAGGAUGGUUCAAGGACCACCCACAGCAGAAUUGAUGGGGGAAGUUUUAAAAUUUUGCCUCCCUAGGACCCACCCCAGACGCUCACUCAAAAGCUCUGGUGGCGGGGGGGAGGGGGGAGCCUGGGAAGCUGUAUUUUUAAUAAACUCUUGAGUGGGUUUUUUUGUCCAUUACAGUGUGUCCAUCCUGAAAGAUUAAAAGAAGGAAAGAAAGAAUAAGCAUUUGAAAUGAGUUUAAGUUGUGCUUGAGGAAAAAAAUGUAUCAGACUGUUCCAUGAUUUGAAUGAGAUGUACUAUAGAAAAAAUAAAUAAUUUAAAAUAA